GGCCGGGGGAGAGCGGCGCUCCCGGUGCGCAGAAGGCGGGGGCGGCGGCGCAGGGCAUCGCCCCGCCGGCGAGGAGCGGCGGGCUGGUCACUGGUACACAGCCUGGAAACAGUCGCUCCCUUGCAUCGGAAACUGCAGGCGGCUUUCCUAAACAUUCACAUGCACGCAGAACUCCCAAAGAAACCCCGCAUGGCGGUGAGCAGUGGAGAUCGGCUGAACCCGAUAAAACAGAUGCUUUUAUACUCUCAAAGUUGGUGCAUUUGCGUUUUUGGCCUCUGCUGAAUAUACUUUUAUUGUUCUGCAAUCAACUUUUCAGUAUUCCGCAUCUGAUGUGGUAGGAGCCAGCCUCACUUCUGCAGAGAUGUUAUCGGAGACAGUGAGUGGAACAAGCCGUGGAGAUGCUUUUAAAGAGGGAAUAAAUCACUGUCUUGCCUAGGGACAAUGCGGUUGAGGAUGAGCAGCUGUGGCCUGGGAAGCCCAUCAAAGGGAAUAAAACCACAGCAGAGCUUCCCCUGGCUUGUUUUUUUUGCUGUUGUUGUGUGGGGUUUUUGUUUUGGUUUGGGUUUUUUAUGUGGAAAAAAAUAAACUUGGAUUUCUGGCAUAUUUUUGGACCUUGAAAGAAUGAUCACCAGAGAGUUACCAGCAGUUAGUGGCGAUAGUCGGACGGAGUUUUGAACUUUGCCAUCGACCCUCAGCCCUCUGACACUGAUAAGAAGCGGCACCAACUUUCUAGCUACGGUGCUGGUGCCAGAAGAAAAGAAUGAUUGAUGGGAAACAGACACCAGCCUGUAGACACUCAUCCUUUUGCUUCGGAUACUGAUUUAUCAGUGUGUCUGGGCAUCCCCUGCGAGCCCUGAACACGGAGGAUCACUCAGGGUUAUCGACAGUGUAGCUGAAGACCUGCAACUUCACAAAUUAUUAUCUGCUAUUGGACAUCUUUUACAAGAAGCCUGACAGAUAAGUUAUAAGACAAAGGACAAGCGCUGCAUUGCUGUGAAAGGCUGUCAUCAGGGCCUGGGUGGCUUCUACCAAAGUCUUUAACGUAGUGAAAUAAACAUCCUAUCCUAAAGCUUCACGUUUGAGUUGGAACCUAUUUUAUAAAUAUACACAUGUGUAUGUACGUAUAAUCUGUAGACCGCACGUAAGCCAGCACUGACCAUCCUUGCGAAGGUGACAUAAAAGGAUUUAGAAAUGUAUUGGUCAAGAUUCCUGUCACUUCACGCCCUCUGGGUUACCGUCUCCUCCAUGAUGCAGCACUACCCUUCUGUGUGGGGACACUAUGACGUGUGUAAGACUCAGAUUUACACAGAAGAAGGAAAAGUAUGGGAUUACAUGGCCUGCCAACCAGAAGCCAGAGAUAUGAUCAAAUAUGUAAAAGUGACUCUGGAUCCUCCAGACAUAACAUGUGGAGAUCCUCCUGAGACCUUCUGUGCAAUGGGGAAUCCCUACAUGUGCAAUAAUGAAUGUGAUGCAAGUACCCAAGAACUGGCUCAUCCUCCAGAACUGAUGUUUGAUCUUGAAGGAAGACAUCCCUCCACGUUUUGGCAGUCCACAACUUGGAAGGAUUAUCCAAAGCCUCUUCAUGUUAAUAUUACGCUCUCCUGGAACAAAACCAUUGAGCUCACAGAUAACAUAGUUAUCACUUUUGAAUCUGGCCGUCCAGACCAAAUGAUCCUGGAGAAAUCACUCGACUAUGGACGAACAUGGCAGCCCUACCAAUACUAUGCCACAGACUGCUUAGAUGCUUUUCACAUGGAUCCAAAAUCAGUGAGGGAUUUAUCACAGCACACAGUCCUAGAAAUCAUUUGCACAGAGGAAUACUCUACUGGGUACAUGACAAAUAGUAAAAUAAUCCACUUUGAAAUUAAAGAUAGAUUUGCUUUUUUUGCUGGACCUCGGCUUCAUAACAUGGCUUCUCUUUAUGGCCAGCUUGACACAACCAAGAAGUUAAGAGAUUUCUUUACCAUCACAGAUCUGAGGAUAAGACUGCUUAGGCCAGCAACGGGUGAAAUAUAUGUAGAUGAGCAACACCUGGCACGCUACUUUUAUGCAAUUUCAGACAUAAGGGUAUAUGGGAGGUGUAAGUGCAACCUUCAUGCUACUGGCUGUAAAGAAGAAAACAAAAGACUACUUUGUGAAUGUGAGCAUAACACAACUGGCCCAGACUGUGGAAAAUGCAAGAAGAAUUACCAGGGCCGACCAUGGAGCCCUGGUUCUUAUCUGCCUAUACCUAAGGGCACUGCUAAUAUCUGUAUACCCAGUAUUUCCAGUAUUGGUAAUCCUCCAAAGUUUGAUAGGAUAUGGCCGAAUAUUUCUUCCCUUGAGGUUUCUAAACCAAACCAAGUUGCUCCCAAAUUAGCUAUGUCAACUGUUUCUUCUGUUCAAGUUGCAAACCACAAGAGAGACUGUGAAUGCUUCGGGCACUCCAACCGGUGCAGUUACAUCGAGCUGCUCAAUACGGUCAUUUGCGUGAGCUGUAAGCACAACACUAGAGGUCAGCACUGUGAGUUAUGCAGGCUGGGCUACUUCAGAAAUGCUUCUGCAGAGCUGGACGAUGAAAAUGUGUGCAUAGACUGUUAUUGUAACCCUUUUGGUUCAGUCCAUGAUCGCUGUAAUGACAGAGGAUUUUGUGAGUGUAAGGAGGGAACAUCAGGGCCUAAAUGUGAUAAAUGUCUGCCGGGAUAUAUCUGGCACAGCUUGGGCUGUCAACCAAACGUAUGUGACAAUGAACUACUGCAUUGCCAGAACGGAGGAACGUGCAUCAACAACGUGCGGUGCCAGUGCCCUCCGGCUUACACUGGCAUUUUGUGUGAGAAGUUGAAGUGUGAGAGGGAUCCAGGAGGCUGCGGCCAGAACUCGGGCCAGGGGGCAAUGGCACACAGGCCUCUCAUACUGCUGACUGCUCUUCUGGGAGCAGCGGGACUCUGCACGUGGUAGGCUCCGUGUGCUGGAUGGCAUCACGCUCAGACUGCUUCAAAUGAACCAUGUGAAAACAGGACAACGCCCAAGCGUUUGCCACCGAAAUCUAAAGAGGAAAAAAGAGAGAAAAAAAUAACCACAACCAGACUAAGAAGGCCUAACUGAACUAAGCCAUAUCAAGCAGUUAUGGACAGGGCUCUGAGUCAAGACUGUUCACCUCUGACUCGAGACACGUUGGCAGCUGCCUGUUCUGUCAAAUCAAUCAAUGCUGGCUGCAAAGCUUACACAGGACUGAAACGGCUUUGACAGCCCCCAGAAUAGGAAGAGAAUUUAAACAACAUUUGCUACUCCUAUAUGGUGCGCUACUGUACCUCCGCCCAGUGUGUGGACCGACCAAAUAAAGGCAUUCUUUGCUGUCAGUGCAUUGUGGGUAUAAGGAAAUCUGUAAAAGCUGCCAUAUUGGCCUGCUUCAGUCCCCAAAUCCUUCCCAACCUGUGCUUUAGUGAACGUUGCUCUGUAACCCUUGUUGGUUGAAAGAUUUCUUUGUCUGAUGUUAGUGAUGCACAUGUGUAACAGCCCCCUCAAUAAAACUCAAGCCAGUCAUAUCCUUGUAUACCUUAGAAGCACUGCAUCACUAAGAUGCUGUGUUCACCUACUGUACAAGAGUGGCUAUAGGACAAAAAGUGUAUUUAUCCUUUUGUAUUCAAAUGAAGUUAUUUUUCUUGAAAUAAUGUACAAUGUAGAUUUUUUGUAUUAUUGCCUAUUUGUGUUACCAGACAAUUUAUUAAUGUAUUUAAUUCUAAUCAGAUAAGAGAAAACUAUUACUUUUUAUUUAGUCCUUUUCUUUUUCCUUUCAUUUAAUUGUGCAGAGAUUUCUCUGUAUGGGCAACGUGCUGGCAUCAAAGAAUAUCAGUUUACAUAUAUAACAAGUGUAAUAAGAUUCCACCAAAGGACAUUAUAAAUGUUUUCUUGUUGCUUUAACACUGGAAGAUUUCAAAGAAUAAAAAUUCCUGCAUAAACAGUUC